AGCGAAGCCAGCUGGCACAAGAAAAGCUCUCAACUUCGGUUGAUGAAGACCAGGCUGGCCAGAGCGUGAAGAGGAAACCGUUUUCCUUCUUAAAACCACUGCAGUAGCUGCCUAAACCAGUUCUAGGGUUCGCUUAAGGUGUAAUGGAUAGGUAACAGAGAAGACCUCUUCCCUUUCUUGUCAGGGCGUCAGCAUGACUGAGUGCUUCCUGCCCCCCACCAGCAGCCCCAGUGAACACCGCAGGGCAGAGCAUGGCAGUGGGCUUACCCGGACUCCCAGCUCUGAAGAGAUCAGCCCCACUAAAUUUCCUGGAUUGUACCGCACUGGUGAGCCCUCACCUCCUCAUGAUAUCCUCCAUGAACCUCCUGACAUAGCAUCUGAUGAUGAGAAAGACCAUGGGAAGAAAAAAGGAAAAUUUAAGAAAAAGGAGAAGAGAACUGAAGGCUAUGCUGCCUUUCAGGAAGAUAGCUCUGGAGAUGAAGCUGAAAGUCCUUCCAAAAUGAAGAGGUCUAAGGGAAUCCAUGUUUUCAAGAAGCCCAGCUUUUCUAAAAAGAAAGAGAAGGAUAUUAAAAUAAAAGAGAAGCCCAAAGAAGAAAAGCAUAAAGAAGAAAAACACAAAGAAGAAAAACAUAAAGAGAAGAAGUCAAAAGACUUGACAGCAGCAGAUGUUGUUAAACAGUGGAAGGAAAAGAAGAAAAAGAAGAAGCCCAUUCAGGAGCCCGAGGUGCCUCAGAUUGACGUUCCGAGUCUCAGACCCAUUUUUGGAAUUCCUCUGGCUGAUGCAGUAGAGAGGACCAUGAUGUACGAUGGCGUUCGACUGCCAGCAGUUUUCCGUGAAUGUGUAGAUUAUGUAGAGAAGUAUGGCAUGAAGUGUGAGGGCAUCUACAGAGUUUCAGGAAUUAAAUCAAAGGUGGAUGAGCUAAAAGCAGCCUAUGACCGAGAGGAGUCUCCCAACUUGGAAGAAUAUGAGCCUAAUACUGUGGCCAGUUUGCUGAAGCAGUAUUUGAGAGACCUUCCAGAGAAUUUGCUUACCAAAGAGCUUAUGCCCCGAUUUGAAGAGGCUUGUGGGAGGACCACAGAGAGUGAGAAAGUACAGGAGUUUCAGCGCUUACUCAAGGAACUGCCAGAAUGUAAUUAUCUUCUGAUUUCCUGGCUCCUCGUGCACAUGGACCAUGUCAUUGAGAAGGAACUGGAAACAAAAAUGAACAUACAGAACAUUUCCAUAGUGCUCAGCCCAACCGUCCAGAUUAGCAACCGCGUCCUGUAUGUGUUUUUCACACACGUGCAAGAGCUCUUUGGAAAUGUGGUACUAAAGCAAGUGACGAAACCCCUGAGAUGGUCUAACAUGGCCACGAUGCCCACACUGCCCGAGACCCAGGCGGGCAUCAAGGAGGAGAUCAGGAGACAGGAGUUUCUUUUGAAUUGUUUACAUCGAGAUCUGCAGGGUGGGAUAAAGGAUUUAUCUAAAGAAGAAAGAUUAUGGGAAGUACAAAGAAUUUUGACAGCCCUUAAAAGAAAACUGAGAGAAGCUAAAAGACAAGAAUGUGAAACCAAGAUUGCACAAGAAAUAGCCAGUCUUUCUAAAGAGGAUGUUUCCAAAGAAGAGAUGAAUGAAAACGAGGAAGUUAUAAAUAUUCUCCUUGCCCAGGAGAAUGAGAUCCUGACCGAGCAGGAGGAGCUCCUGGCCAUGGAGCAGUUUCUGCGCCGGCAGAUUGCCUCAGAGAAAGAGGAGAUUGAGCGACUCAGAGCUGAGAUUGCUGAAAUUCAGAGUCGUCAGCAGCAUGGCCGAAGCGAAACCGAGGAGUACUCUUCUGAGAGUGAGAGUGAGAGUGAGGAUGAAGAGGAGCUGCAGAUCAUUCUGGAAGAUUUACAGAGACAAAAUGAAGAAUUGGAAAUAAAAAACAAUCAUUUGAAUCAAGCAAUUCACGAGGAGCGAGAGGCCAUCAUUGAGCUGCGGGUGCAGCUCCGACUGCUCCAGAUGCAGCGAGCCAAGUCUGAGCUGCAGGUGCAGGAAGACGAAGAGCCUGAGUGGCGUGGGGGCGCGGGCCAGCCGCCUAGGGACAGCGUCCUCGAGACAAAAGCAGCUAAAGAGCAGCCAAAGGCAGGCAAAGAGCCAGCAAAGCCUUCGCCAAGCAAAGACAGGAAGGAGACGCCCAUCUGAGCGGCCUGGCGGGUAGUCAUGGAAUCCUCGAGACUUAAAAGGACCUGUGCAUCUUACUGUAACACUGAGAGUCGAGGCACGGCUCUCCCGCUGUACAUUCUGUAAAGAUGUCUUCUCUUCUCAGAGACUCUUCCUCUUUCACACGUCUGACUUCUCCACGUCAGGCUCAGGUUCCAGGAGGACAAAGCAAUGGACACAUGUGGGCUUGUAGGGAACAGAUGAGUUUUCCAGAUAGUGUCAGCUUAUUUGAAGAUUAAUUUUCUUUGUUAACUUAAAAUAACUAUUUUAACCCUUGAGUGGCUUCUUUUUAAACCAAAAAUCGUCUUUCUUUGCAUUUUUAUCACAGCAGAAUCAGGAUCUCUUUCUCAUUCAAGUGGGGGAGGGGAGAAGCAAACCAGGUCAAUGCUGCACCUGCCAGUGGACGCCCCGUGUCUCGCCCUCCAGGAUCUCUGCGUACCUAGUCACUCUUGCUUGUGCCUUUCACACCUUUUCGGUGCAGAUUAUACCAUGGGGGAGCUGCCUCGUAUGUUCUGACUGGCCGGAACGGCUCGUACUGGGUGAGCCCUUUACCCACUCUUGGAUCUCUCCUUUUGCAGUUCCAGACCACAGUCCGGAUGGCCUGCUCGGUCAGACAGAGGCUGCCUGUGGAGGCCCCCUGCCAGUCGUGGGCAGUGCAGGCCCCGGCUGGAGGAGGCCACCCUGCUCCUGCCCAACACUCACUGCCAGUGAUCAGCAAAGGCCUUUUCACUGGGUUGGUUGAAGGUAGCUGCCUUGGCCUGAUGCAUCCACACGAAGGAUGUUUCUCAAGCAGAAAUCUUUUACCUGACUGACCUUCCAUUAAAAACAGAAUGACUUCGAUUGCUUGCUUGGGCUAGAAUGUACAUGUCUCUUUGCCUGAAUAAGCCAUAAUAUGCUCUUACACAGAAGUUUUAAGUGAUCCAUAUCGUCUCAGUGAAGCUACUGAAUGGACUCCCAGUUGACGAGAUUGAGCAAUAGAAAAAAGUGACUUGCCCUUUAAUGAUAGGUGUGAUUCACCCCACCCUGUUUUCUCAUUUCCUGUUGGUCAGAUCAGAUGGUUGCACUGUGGCUUCUGGGAGGCCAGGCUCACAAGUAGCUUGGGUCAGCCACAUUGUCAGAACAAAUGGCACCCUUGAGACAGGUCAGAGUACAUGGCUCUGAAGACAAACCCCACACACUCAACUGAUGACAACUCCCACACGAGGGCUCUCUCCUCCUCCUCCUAGUUAGUAUUUAUUUUCAGCACCUGUUUGAUGCGGUUUUUUAUCCUCUACCUAUUGCACUGUUGUGACUUGUUGGCCAUUAUUUGAUUUUUGUACGAAAAAAAGCUUUGUUAUAGAAAUCAGCAUACUAUUUUUUUAAAUCUGGAGAGAAGAUAUUAUGGUGACUGAAAAUAUGGUCAGGUGUCAAAUAUAAAUGUGUAAACGCCUUCUUGCUGUCCUGUCAGUCAUAUUAUGUUCAUUUUAUAUUUGCUGGCAAUAUUGGAAGGUUUCUUUUUUUGUGUGUAAACUCUAAUUUCUAUUAAGGUGUCAUGGAUUUUUAAAAUUAGUAUUUCAUUACAAAUGUCUCAGUGUUGGUUAUGAUUUUUGCCAGGACCAUUAUUGAUCAAGCAAAUAAAUUCAACAGCCAUUUGGGAAAAAA